CAUGUGGUCAAUAUUAUAAAACACAUCACGUCAAUGUUUACUAACAAAAGAACACUUUCACAUAUUGUUGGGUACUGGAAAAAGGAAAGCAUCGGGAUUUUUAUGUUAAGUUUUUUUUAUUUGAGAACAACUUCAAAGAAGGAAAAGAUUAUAUUUUGAAGAUUUCGCUGUACAAGAGUUCUAUCAAGACAUAGAAUUAUGGGACACAACAUUGUUUUGCUGAUUCUUACCUUGCUGGUUCCUUGCUUCUACAUCGCCACCAUAGUCUUCAACGCACUAGGCAGCGCUGACACCGAUUUGUUCGUUUCGGAUACAGGCACAAUUUCGGACAAAUACUACAUUGAAAUCACACCGUCCGGAUGGACUUUCAGCAUUUGGGGGAUCAUUUACACAUGGCAGGCACUCUGGAUUGUCUAUGCAUUGGUCAAUUUAUUCCGGAAAUCAGAAAAGGGACCGUUCUACACUUACCCAGUGCUACUUCCGGUUCCGUUCUUAGUUUCGUAUUUAUUGAACUUGGUCUUCAAUUGUGGAUGGCUGAUAUCUUUUGACAGGGAGAUACUUGAACUCGCCGCGGUUCUUCUGUUCCUGAUCACUGUUACUCUAUAUGUGUGUCUAUUCUUCUCUUACAGAUAUCUUGACAGAUCAAUUGACAUCUUAAUUAAACAGGAAAGGAAAACGGAUGUUUGGCUUACCCGUUUUCUGGUGCAAAACGGUCUCAGUAUGUACGCCACCUGGUGUACCAUUGCAACCCUCCUUAAUUUUGCAAUUGUUCUCACAUAUCGUUCUUCCCAUGACAUCGGUCAACAAAAUGCUUCUACAGUAAGCCUCAGUAUAUUGUCCGCCGCUAUUGUUGUAUUCUUGGUGACCGAUUGGGUUUUCUUGGAUCGUUACACGCGCUACACAUUUACGCCAUAUAUCGUUCUCGUCAUGGCAUUGACCGGAAGUUUAACGAAGAACUACGAAGCAGGUGCUCGCAAUACAACGAUUACUAUCGUUCUGCUUGCGAUAUCUGGGGUUGCUGCGCUGGUGAAGACAUGUUUGCUGUUUUGGAGACAUAUCAGAAAAACGCAAGACGGGGUUAAAAUAACGACCACUGACGGAAUCCAAGUGUGAAAUCAAACACUGAUGCCAUCUAUAAUGCAUAAUAAUUAACUUACAGACAAAAAAUUGUAAAUGAAUCGAUAGCAAAUCCAUACUAGUUCAUUUGCAAACACUUUUUUCGAGAUUAAAGUGAUCACAUUUUCUGAUCACUGGUGCUGUAUAUGCAUGUUGAGUUUUAUGGAAAU